AUGAUAAAGGAUCGAUUCAACUGCCUUACGGCAAUACACUUGGCUUGUAUUGGACCUCUAAUUUAUAGUUUUUUAUUGAAAUGGCAACGUUUAUCUCUUCCACAAGCACCAAUCAUUCUUGUAUUAUUAAUUUUUUGUUGCAUUUGCAUGGUUUUAUUGGCAUUAUUUUGGUCGACAACAGCGUAUAUUUUUAAUGAAGAACGUUCCGUUAUUCUGAUGCUUUUAAUGUUCGGUUUGGCAUUAGUGAAUACUACAUCCAGCGUAUUAUUUAUGCCAUAUAUGUCGAUCUUUCAUCCUUCUUAUUUAACAGCUUAUUUUAUCGGCAUGAGCUUCAGUGCUCUUUUACCAAGUAUCGUAUCAAUUAUUCAAGGAGCUGGUGAUGAAUGUAUAUACAUGAAUGGCUCUGCUAUUCGUGAGAGAAUCACUCCAUUAUUCGGUGUUGAAGAAUAUAAUCUAAUAAUGCUUGCAUGGUUGUUGAUCGCGACAGUUUCGUUUAUAUUGUUGAACUGGACGAGGCUUGGUGCUGAAAGCAGUGCAGCUUCCAAUAAUACUUCCACCGAAACGAAUUUGCCUGUUGAUGAAUCUGUUCUUCUACCUCACCAAGGACUAAACAUUGGUGUUUUUAAAAAAACAAUGGUUUCAAAACGAUUGCGCUAUAUAAUUCUUUUAUUAAUGAUGGCAUUUAUAAACGCUCAAAUGAAUGGUAUCAUUCCAAGUAUUCAAAGUUUUGCUACUCUUCCUUACUCGCAAGCUACUUAUCGAUUCGGUCUGACAUUAGCCAAUAUUGCAGCCUCUUUGGCUUGUUUUCUUCCGCUUUUUUUGUCAACAAAAUCCUUGGGUGUUAUCUCAUUGUUGAAUGUGAUAGCUAGCAUCUUUACAGCAGUGAUAGUUGUCUUGGCUGCUAUGAGUCCAACGCCGAUUCUGAAAUACUCAAUUUGGGGCCAAGUGUUGUCUGUGGGCGUUGCUGUUGGUUCUUCUCUAUUUCUGUCAUAUUUGCGCACUUUAAUUACUACUUUGGUACGAGAUGGAGGAAAGGACGAGAAAUCACGACUAUUCUGGUGUGGAGUAGCUAUACAGAUCGGAUCUUUCAUUGGUUCGUGUAUAAUGUUCCCGCUUGUUAAUUUACUUAAUUUAUUCGAAUCUGCUCCACUUUGCGCUAAUUAA